CCAGGCCUUUUAUCUGUUGACUCUCAAUACUACCCUUUCUUCUCUGAAAUUUCAUCCUAACUUCUUCCCUAUUCACCUCCCCGAACUUUUCUCAAGAAAUAGCUGAAAUGCUAAGCUACCCCUGCCUCCUAGCCUGAAGAGAAAUCAAGCUUCGAAAUCUCUUCUACUUGUGACACAGAAAGAGGGGAAGAAAACAACCAUGACUUCCACAAACACCCAGAUCAUCUCUUAUUCUCCUUCUUCUUCUUCUCAAUCAACCCAUCGAUUCACUUAUGAAGUCUUCUUGAGUUUCAGAGGAGAAGACACCCGCCAUGGUUUCACAGAUCAUCUUUAUGAGGCUUUGAUUUCCAGUGGAAUUCGCACCUUUAGAGAUGAUGAAGAACUGGAGAGAGGAGGAGUAAUUGCAUCUGACCUGCUGAAAGCUAUUGAAGAAUCAAAGAUUUUUGUUAUCAUUUUUUCGAAAAACUAUGCUGCCUCUAGGUGGUGUCUAGAUGAACUCGUGAAGAUCAGUGAGUGUGGGGCAACCGAGGGGCGACUGAUUCUACCAAUUUUCUAUCAUGUGGAUCCAUCCCAUGUGCGGAAGCAAAGCGGGAGUUAUGAAAAGGCAUUUGUUGAUCACGAAAAGGAAGCAGAUGAGGAGAAAAGGGAGAAGAUUCAAAAGUGGAGAAGUGCCUUGGCAAAAGUUGGCAAUCUUGCUGGAUAUGAUCUACAAAAAUAUCCAUAUGAGACAAGACUUAUCAAGAAAAUUAUUGAUGUCAUCCUCAAAGAAUUGAACUCCAAGCUCUUACUACAUGUUAGCAAGAACAUAGUUGGAAUGAAUUUUCAUUUGGAAGAAUUGAAAUCAUUAAUAAAACUUGAGUCAAAUGAGGUUCGCAUGAUUGGGAUUUAUGGGCUUGGUGGAAUUGGUAAGACCACAAUUGCCAAAGCUGUAUAUAAUAAUAUCUCACAUCAAUUUGAGAGUAGAAUUUUUCUUGAAAAUGUUAGAGAAAGAUCCAAGGACUUCUCAAGUCUACUUCAAUUAUUGAAAGAAGUUCUUAAUGGUGUCGUGAAGGGAAAAAAUAAAAAAAUAAGUAGUGUUCAUGAAGGGAUUAAUGUGAUAAGAAACAGGUUUCACUCUAAAAAGGUUCUUCUUAUUCUUGAUGAUGUAGACAAUUUGAAGCAAUUAAAAUUCUUAGCUGGAGAGCGUGGUUGGUUUGGUCCUGGAAGUAGAAUCAUCAUAACCUCUAGAGAUCAACAGUGUUUAAAUGUGCAUGAAGUCGAUGCAUCAUAUGAAGUUGAGGCACUAAAUUACAAGGAGUCUAUUCAACUUUUCUGUCAACAUGCUUUUAAACAAAACAUUCCUAAAAGUGACUAUGUAGACCUCUCAAAUCAUGUAGUAAAUUAUGUGAAAGGCCUACCAUUAGCUCUUGAAGUUUUGGGUUCUUUUCUUUUUAAUAAAAGUGGGUCUGAUUGGGAAAGUGCAUUACAAAAACUAAAGGAAAAUCCCAACAUAGAAGUCCAAAAUGUACUUAAGAUAAGCUUUGAUGGAUUGGACAAGAAAGAGCAAGAAACAUUCCUUGACAUUGCGUGCUUCUUCAAGGGAUGGAAUGAAAAUGAUGUAACAAGACUAGUAGAGCAUGGAAGGAUUGUAAUAAGAGUUCUUAGUGACAAGUGCCUCAUAACUCUUUUUGGUAAUACCAUAAGGAUGCAUGAUUUGGUAGAAGAAAUGGGUAGAGAAAUUGUUCGACAUGAACAUCCUAAAGAGCCUGGGGAAUGGAGCAGAUUGUGGGACCCCAAGGAUAUUUCCCUUGUAUUGAAAAAAGAAAUGGGAUCGAAAGCAAUUGAAGCGAUAUUUCUAGACAUGUGUACAUCAAGAGAGAUCUCAUUUACUACUGAAGCUUUCGAAAGGAUGGAGAGACUUAGAUUAUUAAAAAUUUACUGGAGUUGUGGUUUUCUUAAUUAUAUGGGAAAACCGUGUCAAAAGCUCCUCCUUCCUGAAGACUUUCAAUUUCCUUCAGAUUAUUUAAGAUAUCUUCAUUGGGAAGGAUACUCUUUGAAAUCCUUGCCUUCAAAUUUUGAUGGAGAGAACCUCAUUGAACUCAACUUGCAGCAUAGCAAUAUAGAACACCUUUGGCAAGGGAAAAAGUAUCUUGAAAAGUUGAAGAUCUUGAAUUUAUCAAAAUCUCGGCAGCUGAAUGAAAUCCCACACUUCUCAAAUAUGUCAAAUUUGGAGCAACUAGAUGUUGAAGGUUGUAGAAGUUUGGAUAAUGUUGACUCAUCUAUUGGUUUCUUGAAGAAGCUUACUUUGUUGAAUUUGAGCAGGUGCCAAAAGAUUAGGAGCUUGCCAAGUACAAUUCAAAACUUGGUCUCUCUUAAAAGUCUUUAUCUAGAUGGUACUGCUAUUAAAGAAUUACCCUCCUCAAUCUGCCAUCUCAUCUCACUUCAGUUGCUAUCUAUUAGUGAAUGCAAAAACUUGAGGAGUCUUCCGAGCAACAUUUGUAGGUUGAAAUACCUUAACAACCUUAAUCUCAUUAAUUGUUCAAACUUGGAGACUUUUCCGGAAAUCAUGGAGGAUAUGGAAUGCUUAAAGUCGCUUUAUUUAUGUGGAACGUGUAUAAAAGAGCUUCCAUCAUCAAUUGAGUUUCUAAAACAGCUUGCUGAGUUGCUCUUAGUGAAGUGUGAAAACUUGAGGAGUCUUCCGAGCAGCAUUUGUAGGUUGAAAUACCUUGAAAACCUUAAUCUCUCUGAUUGUUCAAACUUGGAGACUUUUCCGGAAAUCAUGGAGGAUAUGGAAUGCUUAAAGUGGCUUAAUUUAAGUAGAGCGUGUAUAAAAGAGCUUCCAUCAUCAAUUGAGUUUCUAAAACAUCUCACUGAUUUGCGGUUAGAGAAGUGUGAAAACUUGAGGAGUCUUCCGAGCAGCAUUUGUAGGUUGAAAUACCUUUACUACCUUAAUCUCUCUGGUUGUUCAAACUUGGAGACUUUUCCGGAAAUCAUGGAGGAUAUGGAAUGCUUAGAGUCGCUUGAUUUAAGUGGAACGUGUAUAAAAGAGCUUCCAUCAUCAAUUGAGUUUCUAAAACAGCUCGCUGAUUUGCAGUUAAAGAAGUGUGAAAACUUGAGGAGUCUUCCGAGCAGCAUUUGUAGGUUGAAAUACCUUAACAACCUUAAUCUCUCUGGUUGUUCAAACUUGGAGACUUUUCCGGAAAUCAUGGAGGAUAUGGAAUGCUUAGAGUCGCUUGAUUUAAGUGGAACGUGUAUAAAAGAGCUUCCAUCAUCAAUUGAGUUUCUAAAACAUCUCGUUGGUUUGCUUUUAAUGAAGUGUGAAAACUUGAGGAGUCUUCCGAGCAGCAUUUGUAGGUUGAAAUACCUUAAAGAACUUGAUCUCUCUGAUUGUUCAAACUUGGAGACUUUUCCAGAAAUCAUGGAGGAUAUGGAACGCUUAGAGUUGCUUGAUUUAAGUGGAACGUGUAUAAAAGAGCUUCCAUCAUCAAUUGAGUUUUUAAAAGAGCUCGUUGAUUUGCUGUUAAAGAAGUGUGAAAACUUGAGGAGUCUUCCGAGCAGCAUUUGUAGGUUGAAAUACCUUGAAAAACUUAAUCUCUCUGGUUGUUCAAACUUGGAGACUUUUCCGGAAAACAUGGAGGAUAUGGGAUGCUUAAAGUGGCUUACUUUAAGUGGAACGUGUAUAAAAGAGCUUCCGUCAUCAAUUGGAUAUUUAAAUCAUCUUAUUUAUUUGGAUUUGAGCCACUGCAAAAACUUGAGGAGUCUUCCAAGCAGCAUUGGUUGGUUGAAAUUGCUUAGAAAACUCAGUCUCAAUGACUGUCCAAACCUAGUCACAGGGGACAUGGAAAAUUUAAUAAAUCUUGGUUUAUUAGCAACCCCAAGUGAUUUAUGGUGCGUAUCCUCGCCGGAAGAAUUAGAUCUAAGUCAAAACAAUAUGUGUCACAUACCUGCUGCUAUUACUCAACUAAGUAAUCUAAGACGCCUUAAUAUCAGUCAUUGCAAGAUGCUUGAAGAAAUUCUAGAGGUUCCAUCAAGUCUAAGAGAAAUAAAUGCACAUGAUUGCCCGAUCUUUGGAACUCUAUCAAAUCCAUCUACUCUUCUUUGGUCUUUUCUCCUUAAAUGGUUCAAGACAGUUGAGCCUCCUUUGAAAUGGAGAAGUAUUAAUCUAGGAGGUAAUGGAAUUCCGGGGUGGGUACUGCAUCAGGAAAUGGGAAGCCAAAUAAGAAUAGAGCUUCCUAUGAAUUGGUAUGAAGAUGACCACUUCCUAGGAUUUGGAUUUUUCUGUCUUCAUCAUCAAUCAAAACUAAUUGGUUUAUAUUUCAAAUUUGAUGAAGGAGAGUAUGCUUACGAUGCAGUAGAACUUUUCUGUAGUGACUGCCACGAGAUUAAUGGUAGUGAAUCAGAUGAAGUGUUGCUAGUGUACUAUCCUAAGAUUUCUUUUAGGGACGAGUUCCACUCCAAUCAUUAUAUGCACCUUCAGGCUUCAUUUACUGAUUUUGGUGGGGGCGAAAUCAAAAGUUGUGGGGUUCAUCUUAUAUACUCUCAAGACCAUCAACAAACCAUAUCUCGUUGGUAGAUUUUCUUGGCACCCAAGAUGAUGAAGACAACCAUAAGCCUAUGUUGUUGAAUCUUCUUGAGAAUUUUGGUGACAACAGAUCAACAACAAAAUCUAUCAAGAGAAGUUGUGAUGGCGCAGAACAUAACCAAGCAGAGGAACCCAACACCCAUCUCAAGCUUUAAACUCAAACACCAACCAGUAGGACUCCCCUGAGACGGAUUCUGUCAUUUCUCAAUCUAGAAUUUUCCUUCAAGUCCUGGAUUUGAAGAAGAAUUUGAGCCACAUUUGCCAUGGAAGAAAAGUGGUUGCUACCGUAUAAGAUCCCCUGUUGCCGCGGGACAUAGGUAGCUGCUGCCAUAUAUGCACCAGUGGCGGGCCUUCACCGCUACAAUAACAUCACUAUAUAUAGACCAGUGCCUCCCGCUCACCCCCACUGCAAAACCCAUUCACGGUGUUGAUGCCAUUCCCAUUCCCUUCCUCUAACAAUGAGCAGUAUUCAGACGAAAAGAAAUUUUGCAGUGGUCAAUAAUGAAGAUUAUUGGCGUGUGGAUGAAGAGUCUUGCUUGAGAUCCCUUCUGGACAUAUAUAUAGAAGAUCUUUCACCUGGACAUAUAUACAAAGGACUACUAGUUCUUAUUAGUCUCAAGUCAUUGAUUGAUCUAUUUUUUUGGAGGUACAACUUGAUGGAUAUUGGCCUGGCAGAAUUUGCAUGGAUU